GACUGCGCACAGGCGGGGCGGGCCUUCCAUGCCGCGACUCUAUUGGCGGUGUUCGGCGCCACCGGCAUUAGUAACGGAAGUCGGCCCCGCCUCUUCCUCUUUCUCUCGGACCAGGCGGCCUUGGCGGUGAGCAGCUGAGCUAUGGCCAAGAUUAAGGCUCGGGACCUGCGCGGCAAGAAGAAGGAGGAGCUGCUAAAACAACUGGACGAUCUGAAGGUUGAGCUAUCCCAACUUCGCGUCGCCAAGGUGACAGGCGGCGCCGCGUCCAAGCUCUCCAAGAUACGAGUCGUCCGCAAAUCCAUCGCCCGUGUCCUCACCGUCAUUAACCAGACUCAAAAAGAAAACCUCAGGAAAUUCUACAAGGGCAAGAAGUACAAGCCUCUGGACCUGCGACCCAAGAGGACUAGAGCCAUGCGCCGCCGGCUCACCAAGCACGAAGAGAAGCUGAAGACCAAGAAGCAGCAGCGCAAGGAGAGGCUGUACCCGCUGCGCAAGUACGCAGUCAAGGCCUGAUGGAAAGCAAUAAAGCGCAAGGCGGCUGA